AUGGAUCAAACCAGCAACAACUUCAAAGGUCGUUUAGAACACCAAGAGCUACAGACGAAGACAACCAAUCUACAAAAGGCCCUCGACAGCUUUAUCGAGGCGGCCGAUAUGGUAGACCAGCCACCGAGCGAAGAGCAAAUGGACAGAAUCCAGCAGAACAUCGACGUUGCUCAAGAGAUACUCUUCAGAGGAAUCAAUCGUCUGGUUCAGCUCUCCCUUUUCUUGGAACAAAACUCCAAUACGACGCAAUCCGAUGCAACUACGGACGAAGCUCUUCAGCCACGUCUAGCCCCACUUCCAAUUCCCAAGUUCCGAGGACAACUGUGGGAAUGGGAUCAUUUCUGGAGCAUCUUCGAAGCCGUCAUCCACAAAAGCAACAUCAGCAGGAUCGAAAAGCUUAGUUACUUGCUGGAAGCCCUUCAAGGACCAGCAAUGGAUACGGUGAAAGAGCUUCAAGUCACAGCGGACAACUACGACGUUGCCAUCCAACUUCUCCGAAGGAAAUACGACAACCAAGAAGCAGUCAUCAGCCAACUGCUUCAACAUCUCCAGGAUAUGCGACCGAGAAGCGCAACAAUCGCAGACCAAAUGCAUACCCUCGACAAGAUUCUCCCCGUUGUGGCUCAACGAGAGCAGAAAGGAGAGAAUACCAAUACCCAGCAAAUGCAGCAUACCAUCCUGUCAAAGUUCAACGACAGAAUCCAACGGUCCGUGUUGAGGAAAAAAGCGGAAUCGGCAGAUGGCUGGUCGACGAAGCAAUUGCUAAAAGAUCUCCAGGAUUUCUUCGAAGUGGAAGCUCAGAUUCAAAAUAUGCGAGGGACCAUGGAAAGUAACCGAAAGGAGACAAUUCCGAGCAUGAUACCAGUCGACAGAACAGAAGCCAGAUCUGCGAACAACAGAAGCAUUAGGACAUUCCCGUGCUUCUACUGCAACGACACCAACCAUACACCAAGAUCCUGUCCGAAGUAUACCACAAUCGAGCAGCGACUGGAAGUGAUCAAGCGACGGAAUCUCUGCCAUAACUGCGGAUCAGGAGACCAUCGCGCCAAGGACUGUACCGGUGGAGCAUGCCGACAGUGCAACGAAAAGGGUCAUCACACCUCAAUCUGUCGGAAAGCUCCCAAACCACAAGCAUGGACACCGAAACCAGCAAGGAAUGCUCUUCCAAAGGCUCAACCAGAGGCACCAGCACCAAAGAAGAAAGCAGUGUCUCAAAACUUCGCCGCGGUCGUAGCCAACCAGAGCUCUACAUCCUGCAGGAUCGGCGACCACGUCGUCCUAUGCCAGUAA